UUGGGUUUCAUUCUUGCUCGCCUUGACCUAGAUUUUUCAUGUUUUCUCUGCAAAUAUUUAAUUUGUUUUGAACUUGCCAGGUGGCAUCAGUGUUACGAAGCUGAUGAGAACACCUGUGAAAAGCUGAAGCUAGAGCACUUUGAGGCCAGUAUAACUGUGGUUCUCAGCAUUGCCACGGAACCAGAGAGUAUUAUUGAAUCUGCAGAAGAAGAGUCAAUUAAUUUUAAUGUUGGUGGCUGGCAUUUCUCAAUUCCCAAAAGUAAAGUCACUCAAUUUCCUGAAUCUCCGUUAUGGAAAGCAGCUGCUGUACAAGACCAGUCUGAAAAUCUAAGAUUAUUUAUUGACCACGAUGGUUUUAUAUUUAGGCACCUUCACUAUUACAUGCAGACUUCAAAAUUAUCUUUUUUCAGUUGUGCUGAAUUUAACUUAUUACAUGAGCAAGCAUUAAUUUUUCAGCUGACACCUCUAGUACAGAUUUUAGAUAAUUUGAAGGAGGAGAAACAUAAUUUAUUUGUCCGACCUGCAGAUAUACCAGUAGCUCAAAGAACAUCUCCGAGUUACUGGAGAACGCGAAAAAGUACCAGCAAGCCCUCAGAGAUUCCUCCCAAAAGAAGAGCAUUCACAGGUUUACAUGAAAGUGCUCCCCUAGGGCUAGUGGAUACACCUUUACUUGAUACAGAAGAAGAAGUGAAUUACUGUUUUUUGCCACUAGAUUUAGUGAGAAAAUAUCCCAUGCUAGUUAAUGAUGACAAUUUGCUGUGGCUGCUUGAGAAUGCAGUCCUGAUUGAAUGUGAAUGCAGUGAGUUCCGUUUCAUAGGUCUGAGCACUGGACAGAGGAUGCCAACACACUUCCAAUAUUUUAUUUUUUAUUUUCAAGCUAACUUUCUCCGCUCGGAGAAGAUCUUGUUGCCCGAUGACUUCUCCGACAUCGACGUCUUGGAGGAAGAAGUUUUACUUCUGGGAAUUCCUGAACUUAUAGACGCUUUGAGGAUCUAUAGAGGCGGCGGCGCGGCGGGGAGCGGCGCGGGCGGGCGGCGAGGGGCGGCGGGGCGGCGGGCGCCGCUCUUCUGCCUGGCGCUGGGGCUGCUGUCGCGAUAUCCCGACUCAGCCCUCGGACAGCUCCGCCUGGGCGGCGACCGGCGGCGGCUCCACGUCUGCGGCACCGGCGGCCUUUUCCAGCACGCCAGAGAUUGGUUGGGAACUUGCCAACUUCCUCUCACUGAAAGUAUUUCUGAAAUCCAAGAGCUCUGUGCUUAUUUGGACAAAAGGGACAGCACAUAUGAGCCAAUGAAAGAUGCUUUAAAAUGCUAUCUGAAGCAACAGAUGCCAUCAGGGAGCAGAGAUUACAAUGCAGACUGGACAGCAGAAGUGUCAGUAUGCUCACUGCAUCAGAUUGUGAAAGUUUAUGUAGGAAGUAACUGGUAUGAAACUUACUUACAGACACUAUUGAAGUACCCAGAGCUGCUGUCAAAUGACAAAAAAGUCUGUUGGAUCACCUAUGGUCAAAGUCUUCUAAUCCAUGGGGAUGGACAAAUGUUUCGGCAUGUUCUCAACUUUCUAAGACUUGGGAAAUUAUUUUUGCCAACAGAAUUUAAAGAAUGGCCUCUAUUUUGUCAAGAAGCAGAGGAGUACCAGAUCCCUUCUCUUUUAGAAGCACUUUAUCACUGUGAUGCAUACAGGUUGUGGAUCCAAAACAAGGAAUUGCGCAAUGAAUGUUCUUUCCCAUGUAGAAGAUUAGAUAUUGUGUCUUGGAAUAAGGAGCAUGAGUUCAGCAAAGACCCAGAAGAGGUGUAUCCAUAUGCAGCUGUGGAUUCCAGUAAACACUAUGUUAAUACAUGGAGCAAUAUAAGAGAUCUGACGGGAAAGCAAGAUGCCAAUGGGGAGAAGGCAAAGUGUUCCAAAAUGGUAUCAUGGGCUAGGGGGACAAAGCGAAGGAAUACACUUGGAGAAUACGAAGAAUCCUCACACAGUAUGGUAAACUCCAGCUUACUUUCAGUAAGCCCUCCAAGGAAGAGAGAAAUAAGAAGCAGUUUAACAAAGAAAGAAGAAGAUAAAGACUCAGCAACUCACGUCCAGAAAUUACUUUCCCUGGUAAAGCGAUGGGACAUGCUGAACUCCAAGAGAUGUGAUUCUCAGCACAUAAAAAUAUCCGAUGGUUGCGUCACAGGCAGCGUAUCUCAAUACAACACUCCCGAAAAGGACAGAGGUAUCAAAGAUUCUAUUGCUUGUUCUCCUGGGAAAAUAAGCUUUACAACUCAAGAAAACAAUCCCAUUACCCAAUAUGAAGCCAGGGCUGAAGGAAAGCAGCUGGACCAAUACGUGUUCAGACAGAGUCUGCCAGUUACUCCAAGUGCUGGAACAUAUACAUUCAACACCAUAAAAACUACUUCCACAAUAGGAAAAAAUAUGGAGAACAUAAACAGGGAGCAAGCAGAAGGAAGUUUACCCAGUGAAGUAAGAGACAAGAGCUUGCAGAUGAAACUCAUCCCUAUAAAAGGCAAAACAAUGGACAGCAAACAAACCCGUGUUCUUCUGGAAGAUCACAGAAAUGUAGGGCUGAUUCUUAAAGUUGAACAUCCUCCGGUUUUAGGCAGUGAUGGCUUUCAUACAUACAAUGAAGAGAGUGUUGUUUAUAGCAUUCUGCUGGAUGGCACCCAGCUGGAUAAUUCAAACACUCAAGCACUACCCAAAGAUAUUGUUUUUCUUCGCUUUUCUCUCUCGCGUGAGGAGAUAUUCUAUGCCAGGAAGUGCCACUUUUUCCUGACUGAUGUCAUCCUGGACUCAAUAAGGCAGAAGGAUCCCAAGGAAAUCACAGCCAAGAUCAUGACCCUUGUGAACAGGCUUUGGACCCAGCAGCUCACACCCAAGGAGUUUGUUGCUGACUUACUGAACACAGAGUAUUUUAAAGGGGACAGAAAGAUUCAUGAAGAGCUACUGAAGUGGGUGGAAUUUACCUUGCCAUUUGCGUGGAAGUACAGCCGCUGCCUCGAUUUACUGAUACAGAGAGGGCUUGCUAGAUGUGUCUCAUACUUUGCCUUGGAAAUGUAAGUUUACAGACUGUUAAUAAAGUUUUUUGA